CAUAAUUAGAGGCCCGUGGUAGAGAAACUGAAAUGUAUUGGUCAAAUAUAGCAAUUUAUGAGAUUCAUUGGUACAUAUAUAAUAUUACAAGCUACUACGGCUCUCAGAUAUUUCACAGCCAGAAUUUUAUCACGUAGCUAGGCAAAAAUUGUUACGUAUUAUAUAACUAAUUUCAUAGCAUAGACUUGAAUCAGAGUUCAAACAUCCCCAUAGAAAUUAAAUAACAAAGAAUAAAUAAUGUUUUUUGUUGUUGUUUGUUUGUUUGUUUGUUUGUUUGUUUGCACCUCUAACCCACAGAAACUUUUUUUUUUCCAGCCAUCGGUUUGUUAUACCAACAAUCUAUUAAAAUUGCACAUUCACUAAAGUGAGUGGCAAUACUUUCAAAUCAGCCGUAAAUAUCUUAGUCAGAGCGCGCAUUUCGAUGACGUUUCACACACUCUUUAUAGAACUCACAUGCGAUCAGGACCGUACUUAAUUGUGGGUUAUUUUUAGCAGGUUCAAGAGAGACGUUCAUUGCACCAAUUAGGAUCGAUGUCUUGGAUGAAAGCAGUCCCAUCCUUUGGAGAUGAUGUGUUUGAUGAAGAUAUGGAUGACAUAAAUCUUCAGCAGAAGGAAUGGAAGAGUAACAUGGAGAAACGGAUCAAGGAUGGAUAUCGAGAUGGUAUGGAUGCAGGCAAAGAGGCUUCCCUUCAGCAUGGGUUCAAUCAGGGUUACAAAGAGGGAGCAACAAGGAUGGGGGUCAUUGGACAACUCAAAGGAAUUUUCAGUGCGUUGCAGUCAUGGUGCCAGCUUCAAAAAAAGGACUUCAACACCACUGCUAGAAUUAGUCAUCUACUUCAGGAAGUGGACCAGCUGGAGGAGCAAAUGACAGAGAAAUUGAAAAACUGUCAGCAGCAGAUCCACAUGGGAGAGUUAACGGACAUCAUUGAAGACAUGGGCAUUGCAAAACCUACACAGGAGCCAGACUCUGAAUCUAACAGCAAGUCCAAAGGGACUGACUAUUGCAGUUCAGGUGGGGAAGCUGCAAAGAACUGUUGCAAGAGUCAAAGCACAAGUUCAGGGUCCCACACAGGGGGCUGUCAGCCAUCAUCAGAAACUGUGACACAACAUAAUCUAGGGCAGCUUUUAAUGCAGUGUAUUGAUUUAGUGGGGGAGCUUGGACUUCCAGCAGAGCUGAUACAACAUAUCCACCAGUUAAACAGCAGUUUUUAUCACAUGAAUGCAGGGCCAUAUUUCUAACUUGUAUAAUAAAGCUCUUUGCAAAGAAUGGUGUUUCUCCAUUUUUGACAAUUACACAAAGUAACUUGAGUUUGCAAAUC